AUGCCCGAGUACAUCACUGAACUCCAAGUGUCUUGGAAUCAAGAGGAUGAGGAGUCUUUCAGUAAGGAAGGCUUCAGUAAAAUUCCUGUUAAUCUAAACCAAGAAGCUGGAGGAAACAUCAUCUACCUUUGGUACAAGAAAGGCAUGGGCCCAGGAAUCUCCACCAUUCAAUUUUCAUUCAGCCAAGAGAUGACCAGGGGCCUGCUCGAAGCAAGAUAUACAAAGAUCGAUAAAAACCUCAAUGAGGGAGCAGGUGGAGACAAAAUCUACCUGUGGUACUCCAAGUCUGACAGGAAUGUUCCCAUCGUGGACAUUGAUGCCACUGAAGAUGCAAAAACUGAAGCUCAGAAGUUUAAAGACUGGGAGAGACUGGCCUGUGACCUGAACCGCACUGCUGGAGGAAACCUGAUCUACCUGUUUGUGAAGAGGGAGAAACCAACCUACAUCUCUGGGAUCAAGGCCACUAUUGACCGCAGUGGAGAUGGGGACAACUUCAACAAUGGCUACAUCCGAGUGGAUGAAAACACCAACAGGGGUGCAAAGGUGGAAGGUAGUCCUGCGCCUACCAUCUUCCUCUGGUACCGCCUGAGCACUUACCCCAAGGAUGCCUUCAGAGAUCUGAAAGUCUCCACAAACCAGAGCGAAUAUGAAAAGUAUAAAAAAGAGGGCUACCUGCUGGUGAACCAGGACCUGAACGAGGGGACCAGAGGAAACAACGUGUACCUGUGGUACAUGAAAGACAACAGCAAAAACCCCAUCAAGGCCGUCACUGUGAUCACCAACCAAGAAGCUGUGGGGCCGUACCAGAAUGCCAGGGUCAACGUCAUCCAAGAGAGCCUCAACACCGGCAACAACGGUGUUCCCAUUUAUGUGUGUUUUCAGUGA